AUGCUGACCCCAAUCAGGGUCCGCGGCCGUAGAAAGAAAGUCCUUGCACAGAACCCUAGCCAUGAGCAAGGGGCGAAGGCAAUACCGAGUGGCCCCAGGGGCGGCCGGCCCUUAAUGUCCCGUGAGGCUCGGCUCGACUCGUCUCAGUCCAAGAGCAACAAGAGAGCUCGCCUGUGGGCCGCCAGGCCGUCGAAGCGUCGCAAGACAUUGUCCAUACUGGAGACUCUUCCGGUAGAGUUGAUCGAGAAGAUCUUUUUGUACUCGUUGAAUGUCAAUCUAUCCCGUGCAUCGCCUUCGCUAGCGGCGGCGGUGUCGAGUGAGCGCAUCUAUCGCGUGUUGAUACUGCUCGCUUUCUGGAAUGAUUCCGCCUCAGACGCUGAGGAUCCUGAUUCUGUUAUUUCGAGGAUACUGAGACCUUUGGACUAUGUACCUCUGCAGGAUGACGACCGCGGAAGUCUUCAAACAUCCAUCCUGCGCUGCCGGUGGUGCACGAUGCCCCGGUUGCUCAAGCAAUUGUCAGACAUGACAAACCUGACUAUCCAGAGACAUUGGGUCAAUGCUGGUAUUGAAAUGACUGAAGACCAACAAGAAUCCUUAGACCGGUUCCUCGCGCGAGAAGACGACACUUCUACAUACGGAGGUACCGACAAAGAUGGCAAUCGCUACACUCUGUCCAUCACUCCCUUCGUGUCAGUAAGUAUCGCGUGCCAGGAAACCGACGAGCAACAAACCCACAAAAUCCUCAGCAUGAAACGCUUCCCCGAGAAGCUCCUUCUCGGCGCCAGCGGAGAAGGCUUUAACGACGAACAGGCAACGUACCUCGAAAUCAUCCGACUCGCCUGCGGGCUCAACCGCUCCGACCACCUCGAGACAGACGUCUCCGUCUCUCGCGAGUCCCUGCAUCAAGGCGUCCACAUCGCCCUCGUKGAGCACAACACAAGAGCACUCGCAACCCUCCUCAAAAUAGACGAGUACGUCUUCCGCAGCAACGCAACUGUCGCCGGCGGGCUGCCAUACAGCAUUCCACCCGAACACUUCCGCACGGCCGUUCGAGUCGCACGGCAUGACCCAGCUCUUUUCCAAACGUUGCUUCGGGCGAGCGCGGAAUCUGUCCCAGCGGAUGAUCCCGAGAUUACGGAAUGGGCGAUGAGUCUCGGUGAUUCAUUUGGCCAUUGGUUGCUGGAUUUGAUGUUGAGGCUCCCGCAGCAGAUAGAGACUGCGAACGCGAAUCCGGUAGAGGGUGCGGUGUUUUAUCUGGGGAGAGCUAAUGGGCAGAUUGAGCUGGCGAGACGGUAUUUGCGGGAUGUCUUGAACGUGGACGAACAGCCGAGUUGGAUGGAAGAGGCAUCUGUUGACCUGUUCAGUCAAUGGAGGGCCAUCGAGACUAUGACGGCUUAA